AUGGAGAAUUUUGUCGAAGAUGUCAAGUCGUUGACAAAAAUUCUAACGAAUUUAGAGCACUGCUCUCCUUCAGAAGUUACAGAAUCUAAAUUUGCUACUGUCGAUUCGCAGCACGAGUUUUCAGUCUGGUUUGUACCGCCCAGAACAUUCCAUCCUUUACGAAGAAUCGUUGGAAAAAAUCCAGAAGCGUUUCUACUCGUUGGUAGGAGUUUUGAAGAUAAAACUUCCCAAUUGGCACGGUACAAGAUUCAACGAGUUCCAGUGGGCACCCCUCUGUCGCAAGAACUUUUUUAUCUCACAAACAGCGAACCUUUACAAUCUUACACGGGAAUAAACAAAGAGGAUAGCCAAGAAAAACGUGGAGUUGUGACCGAAUGGCUGUUGUCUGCAGAAAACCUUCAUCCAACUUCGUUACAAGAAGCGAGGUAUUUCCUUUCCCUCUACGCGAAUGCCCUUAGAGGUUCUUUAAAACGUGUAGAUGUAUGGCUAUGUGUAGAUGGAAACAAUUCUCAAGAGAUAUCAUACCUUGCGGCCAUCUCUGAAAAUCAAAAUGCCAAGUUCAUGAGACAUGUUAUCUUUACAAGUAAAAGUGAACCAGUAACAAGGAAGGAGGAUUUGCCUGAGCUUAGUUUGUUCCUACGCCAACAUCACUCAUCAAGUGCGCCGACCGCCUUUGUGGAAAUCCAGGGAUAUGCCCUUCACGAGAUUAUGGGCUCCCCCCAAUCCGAGAAUCAAGAAUGUGGGCAUAGUCAGAUCACUGUGGAGCUGACAUGGACUGGGGUUAAAUCCCUACUACAACCUCAUCCGCAUUCAUGUGAUGGUGUUCUUCAUAUCAAGAGCAUUCCUGGAAGCGUCCAUCUGUCCACUCAUACUCUAUACUUGGAAAUAAAGAGAGUUGAUCUCUUCUCCAAGAUCUUAGAGAAUGAAAAUUUAACAUGGCCUGAAGCAAACGCUUUGAAUGCAAGCCCAGUGUCAAGUCAAAUGGAUGACUUCAUUGCUAAGUUAAGUUCCAGUAAUGUAUUCUCUCCUACAGUUGAAGAAGAACUGGAUAAAGACAACCAUGAUGAAGAAACUAACUUUGCUGAUGCUACGAUGGCUCACUUAACCUUCCAAGAGUUUUCUCGCAAGGAUUUGGAUUUCUCUGAAAGGCUUUGGCUCAUAUUGAAAGACUGCCUUGAUGAAGAAGACCUUGUUGCUUCACUACAAAUAUGUGACCCUAUUUGGGAAAAGCGGGCUUAACGAAAAUUGCGUUCAGCCGUUUUUUAUCGCAACGCAUUUGGAAACGUUGGAAUGCAUUGGCGAACAUUCUUAAUGCAUUUGAAAGCGUUGGCAAUGUUCUCCAACGGAACUAAGAAACGUUCAGUAUCGUUUCAAAAUCAUUUCAAAACAUUUGGAAAACGUUUUCGAACGUUGAAAAUGCGUUAAAUGGAACAUCAUUAAUUCGUUGCAACGGGAAACAUUCACCAAACAUUCUAACAUUGUCAACGACUGAGUUACAAAAGCUCCGAACUGUCAGGCAUCUCCUCGCUCCAUCAUUCGACAAUUUAAAGCCACGGUCAUAAAUGAAGUGAUAAAACGUUUAAAACUUCACAGCGUGAGAAAUGUUGGAUCCGAGGAAUCAAUAAUUUGUUCCAUUUUCAGUUUUUAAGUCUGUGUUAUUAAAGAGGGCAAAAAAGAGGGGAAUUAAAUUUGAAAGCACGCGUUGUCGAAAGUGUUAUAGGUCUGAAUUUAUUUUAUGCUGUUCUUUCAGUGUUACGGCGGUGUGCGUGCUUGUGACUACCUUGCUUGAUAGCUCCCUGUAAAAUUAACAGAUAUCAGAUGCUUGAUAUGGGUCGCUGAUUUUAAGACUAAAAUAUACCAAAUUUCUACCGGGGGAGUUGUACUAUUUACCGACUUUUCCUUAUUCCCGUGUUUCCCGUUUUUUUUGCUCGGGGAUUCAACAAAUUCAACCAGUUCAGUCACGGAACGCCCUGGCAAACGCUAGACAUUGUAUCCUUUUUAAAAAAGCGAAAACCUGAAAACGUGACAUUCUUCACAAAAAAUUCAUGGUUUUUAUCUGUACCAGUCAGCUGCUAUGAAGAUGUCAAAAUUUAUGAUCACGAAUAUUUUCUGAUCAAAGCUUGUUGCGUGACACUAUCGUCAUCGCGGCUCAAGGGUUCGGAAAGGUCAACGCGGUAAUGUUUUCCGUAUUACUGUUUGAUUUUUAUGGUGUUUUUUUUUUUCACUGAUUCUUCAAUGGACUGCAUGGCUCGCAUGACUCGCUGGCUCUCAUUUUAUACACGUACAGCACACUUUUUGGCAGAUUUCUUUGCCAUCAUCGCUCGAUUAACGUUGUCAAGCAAGCGCGCAAUGUGGUCGUCGCUUUUAAUCUCUAAAAUCUUCUGCUUACGAUCGUCGCGACUUCAAUUUCGUCGGAAUUACUGAAGUACUAUUUUUCUCACCUUUGGUCUCGCUCUCUCCCAAUUUUUUCGUCUUGUAUCUUUUCCCCGAGGGAUUUUGGAGGCGGAACGGAUUAAUUUUGAAAGGGAUGUGAGAAUUCACCGACUGCAAGCAGUCUAGCACGCCGCUGACGAAGGUAGAAAAGGGCAAAUAAUGGGCAACCCCAAAAUUCUGUCAGCCAGCUACGUACAAAAAGAAAUGCACGACCUCAACAGUCAGCCUUACAGUUUUAAGAAACUUCUCAAAAACUUCUCUCCUUUAUUUCCAGAUUUGAAAGUCCAAGAAAGUAAUUUCAUGCUUUUCUCAAUUACCUCUUGACAUGUUACAACCUGAAACAACAUCAAACACACGCAAUGUCACAAAGAUCAAAGUUCUAUGCAAAUCGAUUUGAACCGAUCGAGAACAAAAAGUAAAAGCCUUUGUUUUCCAUUGCGAAUUCAUGUCGUUAUUCCCGUUGAUAUUACUGUGAUAUGGAGGUAUCAUUACUGUUCCUGAAAAAAAGUUGUAUUUUCAAAGAACGUUCUCAAGCGUAUCGAUGUCUAAUCAUCAGUGGCUUCAAUUAAUGAUAAUUUUUCGCAUCCUGGGUUGAACUUCAGGGACUAAUUUUAUCGAUAAAAAAAAAAAAACGUUUGGAAGCAUUGCCAAUGCAUUGAACAACGUUGAAAAAACAUUCUGAAACGUUGGAAAAACAUUUUAAAACGUUGAAAACAAUUGCCUGCGUUUGAAGGAAAACGUUGUAAAUGCGUUGAGAAUCAUUGGAAUCCGUUUCAAUGCAUUGUAAUGCAUUCAAAAUGCGUUGAAAUGCUUUUCAACGCAAAUUUCAUUAAGCCCGGUUUUCCCAAAUAGGGUCACAUAUGCAAUGGAGCUCUUUUCAGUGGCAAAUGUCAACCUGUUUUUCACAGUUCAAACAUGACAUCCCUAGCUGUAUUUGCCAGGGAUCUGCUACAGUCUGAGACCAAAGAAGAUCAAGAGAAGCUCCAAAACAAAGCCAAGCAAUUCCUUUCUCCUGACGCAGCUAUCAGGUGCUUGGUAGAAAUUGGAGCUGAGAAGCUUGCCAGAGACUACACUCAAUACUUCAUGCACGAGGAGCUGGCAACCAUGGGGCAACUAGCCAGUUAUGUUAACAGUGAUAUUCCUCUUGCCACCAGAGUCUCAAACAUCAAGAAACUCCAUCAAACUUUGGAACUGGUUGUAACUGCUAAGUCAGUGGCUAGACUCAGCCAUGAAAACCUGCGAUCCUUGACACAGAGUGCUUUAAGCUACUACCAAUCUCACCCCGACAGCGAGAAAGCAACAUUUUCUCUAUCCCUGCCAGCUUUUGGAUCAACUGCUGGGGCAGCAGUCAAGAGUAUCUGUGCUACUUCUAACCCUGCAGUUUGGUGUGCUGCCAUCACAUCAAAAACAAAGACAAGAAAUCACACAACGAUUGUCCAGUUAAGUUCAAAUCAAACACGUAAUAACUUCAGAUCUGAUACUCUUGAUUAUGAUGAUACUCAGUUAAAUGAGGAAGACUUUGAUACAGACAAGGACAAAUUUCAGUACUAUGUUUCCUGUGCUAAGCAAGUGCUGAUGCCCAUUAUUCAGUGAGCAUAAACUACAUGUAUUUGGACUUGACUGAUGAUACAGUACACGGGAGCUAAAAAUACAAAUACUUUUGCCUUAAAGAAAAGAUCAUGGUCAACAUAACAAGUGACUGAAUCAUGAGACAAAUAAUUGUAUGUUACCAUGAGAAAAAAAAUAGUCAAGGCAAAAACAGACACCUUUUGGCAUGAAGCUCACCAUGUAUUUCGUUGGUGAUUAUAUUAUGAGAAAGAACUAGUACUACAUGUAAAGAAAACAAAAUUAUCCUUAUUCUUGAAAUAGAAAUUAUGAUAAAUACUGUUUGUACCAAACAGUUUAUCACCGUGUACAGGGUUGUCACUAAGAUUUGAAGUUGCCGGGUAAACACAACAAGUAGGCGGGGAAUCAAAUGGCUAGGGAUUUCUUUUGGCUCUAUUUUUCUUCUAUUUUCCAAUAAAAGUAGCCGGGGGCCACUCUCUUAGUAGCCGGGGAAAAUCCCCGGCCCCCGGCUCUUAAUGACAACCCUGGUGUAGAACUUUGUAAUUUAUUUGGUGUCUUUGAAAUACUUUAAAAAGGAAAAGGCAUAAAGAGGUGAUUGAACUUGUACUAGCUUUUUUUUACAUACCUACCCUUUGCUACCCACCACAACCACCCCUCCUCCCCUCCAAAAAAAUAAAUCAAGGAAAGGAAAAUAGUGCAUUAUGGCCUUGGCAUGGUUUCAUCCUUGAAUUUGAGGAAAGGAAAGUUUCCUAUUCUAUUUUGUCCUGUCCAAGGGCCUGUUUCCGAAAAGCCCUGGUAACUCUUUGGGCUCAGAAAGCUGUUUAGUGUUUGCCAUGUUUGUAUUCAAGAUCAAAGUUUCAAUAAUUUUGAAAAUGAUACAGUGAAACUAUCAGUUAACGAAGCAAAAUUGACUGGUUGAGCUUUAGGAACUCUGCUGAUAUUCAAUAGGUUUUCAUUUUAAAAUUUGCCUUUGAGUCUGAAAAGUUUCCGCACCCUUGAGAAACAGGCUAAGGUGAGGUGAGCAGUUAGUGGCACAAAAUAGGUUUUGGGGAUGAAACAGUUCUACAGGGUUCUUACAGGUCAUGGAAAACCUGCAGAGUCAUGAAAUUUAAGAAUUUCGUUUUCCAGGCCUGGAAAGUCAUGGAAUAUUUAAAUUUCUUUCCAGGACCAACAAUUUUAAUUGUCACGGAAAAUUAAAGCUAUGUCUGUUAGAUUAGUCGCUGCAGAUGUUAAAGCAAGGACAAUGUAAGAUAGAGACAAGUGAUUAAACAGUGCAAAUGGCACGCAUUUUUGUGGAUACCAGAGUUGUCUGUUGUACUGAGUAAAUGCCCUAAAAGAAGGGAAAUUUUUAAUGUGGCGGCUAAACCUAUGGUCAUGAAAAACUUGGGAAGGUCAUGGAAAGUCAUGGAAUUUGAAGAGCUUAAAAGAGUACGAACCCUGUUCUAGAGGGAGAAUGCCCAUUCCAUCAUAACCUUCCAGUAUUAUUUUAAUUUAUAGAUUUAGUCAAAGCUAAAAGUGAAGCUUCCGUUUAUGCAAUGCAAAUAUGACUUUUGAGGACUAGCUGAAAACCAUAAACUAUAGCCUAUGGUCAAUAUUUAAAAAGCUAAUAACCGGAUCACCCAAAAAACCUAAAAAAAACAGUGACCUUAAUGAAUUGGCACCUGGGCUUGUGAUGCGGUCGUGUUAUUCUGGUCAGUGGAUACCCUGUUUUUGACAGCUGUCAAUGAAGGCUAGAAAAUGAGUUUGUCACAUUGGUUGUCCUGUGGUGAGGACGGAUAGGAGGAAGGGCGUAUGGUCACGUGACUACUGACAUUCUGCAAAUAAAACUCCCCAAAACAAAUUUCUUUCCUUUCUUUUUCUUUUCAACCACGAUAGAGGAGCGCGUAGAGACUAAAAGACGGCUGUAUGUGUAUUCGCAUAACCACUGCCCGGCGGGGUAUUGAAAAAAAAAAUUGAUGAGGUUACUUACCCUCCCCUCCCCUGUUCGCCCUUUUCGCUCUCUCUACUGUGCAUUCUUCCACAUGAAUGUUACAAGCGCGACAGUUUCCGUUAGCGUUAUCUGGCCGUCAUGUCAAAUCAAGGCCAAAAGCAAAGAAUGGCCAUGAAACGGUCGGCAAGUUACAAUGGGUUUUCCUUCGGAUUGUCCUCCAAAAUCGACGAACUAACAAUCGACGAUAGUUUAUUACAACCUUCGCUAUUUUUAGGCGGAUGGAAUCUGCCUUUCCACAGACGUGACCUGGUGAGAUCUCCAAACCACGGAGUAGAUUGCCCUAUUUCAAAUGGGUUUCCAGGCGGCUAUGAGGGUUUUAAAAAUGCCGAUGUUAGUUUAACCGAGUUGAGCGAUGCCUCUAGCGGGAGCGAUUCGGCAUGGCAAGAAGAAUUUCUUCGCUUGAGGCGACAGGAAAUGGCGUUUGAGAAGGACAAGGCAAGGCUCUCCGAAGAGGUCAAGGCACUUACACUGAAGCUGGAAUUAGAGGAAGAUCUGAGGCGCAAUGAUAAAGAAUGUAUGGAUAUUUUGAGAGGUCACAUAUCUACCCUGGAAGGAAAACUCCAGGGAAGCGAGAAGAAGAUAAGAGAAUUGGAACAUGAGAAGCAGCGAGUGGAAUUAAGCGAAGUAAGCUCUGCGUUGACAACCGCAUCAACCCGCGAGUAUACGCUCGUGAAAGCGCGCUUGGAUGCGAGUCAAGCUACUGUUCAGGCGCUUGAAGCGGACCUGAAGAUGAUGAAAAAUGAACGAUCCAAGUUUGAAAGUCAGAGAAAGGAAUCACAAGAUCUUGUAAUUAAACUUGAGCAUCAACUUGGCUGUGCAAACAAAGAGCUUCAGCGCCGAGAAAAUAGAAUAAACGAACUCGUCGAAGAAAGAAGGUCCUUGGAGGAUUACCAGAUAAAAUCGCGAAGUCUUCAGAGAAAAGACCAGAAAUCCUCUUAUGCUCUGCAAACCCAAAUUGUCAACCUUCAAGAAAAGUUGGAAAUUUCGGAAAGAGCAAAUGAAGAACUGGCCAGCGAAAAAGUGAACUUGAAAGACAAAGUUAAUCAACUUGAAAACAAGAUCAAAGAGUUGGAAGGAAGCUAUCGUUUGAAACUUGAGAAAGCCUUAGAAAGAGUUAAAACAAUAAAGGAAAUAAACUAUAGUACUGAAGAGGACAAUCAGCUUAAUUCAGUGAGUGAUAAUUCUCAAACUAGCCAUACACAUUUUUCAGCUGUGGAAAGCAGCCCCACUGUAAAAGAAGGGAAUGACAUGUCGGAACUUAAAAGACUCAGCUCUGCUUUGUUAGUAGAGCUAAACAAGCAACUAGGAGGAAACUCUUUCACUGGAAUUGAUCUGGAACAUUUAAAGAGUGUUUUGAACAAAGUUGUUAUGCAGUUUGCUAGUGGUACAUUAGAGGCCUCUCCUGGGAACAAAUUCUUAGAGAGACCAUUGAAGUUGGGGACAGUUUCCAAGGAGUCCUCUCAGGAAAGGACCAUGUGGGAAAAGGCCCUACAGGAUGUAAGUUAAAUAAGAGAGGGGUCAUGAGUUGACCCCAUUCUUGCCCCCAGAUGCUACAAAUACCCCUUUACAUCUUUACAGUGCGACUAUUCAGGGUUGUCGAAAGAAGCUGGCUGCCGGCAAAAAUCGCUGCCUACUUGGUUAGUAUCAGCUGGCUACUCUGCUUGGCAUUUCUCUACGAAUGGUGUUUUUUACAUAAAUAUCCCUAGACUGGCCGCUUACUUUGACAACUCAGCCGUCUACUUCAAAUCUUUCUGACAACCCUGCUAUUAUAACCAGGGCCACCAAGACAAAGUUGACCAAUAAUUGGAUAACACAAAAAUAACAAUUUAUAUUCCAAAAAAGUUAGUUGUCAAUCAUUACCUUGGAACGAAAGUAAUUUACUGACUUUGAAGAGCUUCAUAAAUUUCACCCCAAGUGUGGGGGGAAGGGGUAUGCAACAAAGUUUUAUGCUGGGAGGCUGCACCCAAGGGCCCCACCCCUUUUCCUUAUACCAUUUUGGACAGAAGUGUUACUCCUUUCAUACACCUCCUAAUCCCCCCCCUCUCUUUUUAUUCGCUUAAUGCUCUACACAACUAAGUGUAUAUAAAGAAUUUAAAGUGAAAACAUUGAACUGCACAUUAUUAUAACUAAGAGAUAAUAAUAAUUUAUUAUUAUUACAUGCAAUCAAUUCUCUUCCAAAAUUCAGAUGUAUUGAGACCUUGCUCUUGGAAGAGACCCCCUCAGUUCUUGUAAGCAACCAACCAAUUCUUGUGAGCAACUGCUAACUCUUUGCAUUUUGGGUGGUCACCUAUGGGAGGUCUGGCUUGUCUUUUAUUUAUUUUUUUCUUUUUCAUAUUCAGCAAAAUUAUGAAAUAAUGGAAAAUCUUAUACUUCUGAAAAAAUUUGACUUUUCCAAAUUAUUUGGUUCAUACUCACUGUUCCUGGGCUCAAAAUGUUGGACAUAUUAGUCCAGGCUCAGAUUAUUCAAACGUUGGAUUGGGCAAUCCAACAGAUAAAUCACUAUCCACUGGAUAAGAAUUAGGAAAAUCAAUUUAUUGCACUAUCCAGUGGAUGGCUUUAUUAAUCUUUUGAACAACUGAGGCCAGAUGUGAAGCUAUGUAAAACAGCUGACCAUAAAAAAUACUGGAGAUAAUACCAUUAUGCACCCUAUUUAAAUAAUAUUAGAAUGUGGGCAUUCUUAACAUUUUGUUUUUAUUUGUAGAUGAGCAGGAGUCACAGCAAGAGCCUGGAAAG